UAGAUAUAAAUGUUAAUUUGCGAAAUACGCAGCAGUUAAAGAUUCGAAUUCGUGCACAAACGCACUGAUAGUGUUAGCCCAAAAUGAGUUCCAGAGGAAAAAGAUCUUCGAUACUGAAAAAACGCCCAUCGGUUGGCUUUGGUAGCACGGAGUCUAGCCCAUCGGAAACAACUGGAAUGCAAAAGUCCACCAAACGUAUAGGAUUUAAACCGAAAAAAUCAGUGAAAGAAUUUUUUGCUACCGAUGAAACGGCUACCGUUUGGUGCAAUUCGUACGAGCUAUCAGCGGAUGGCACUCCAACUCAUCUAACUAUAAAUGAAACCACACAAAAAGACGACACAAAAGUGGAAAACUCUCAGAUGGCUGUCUUCGAUUGUAGCCACAACAAGGAGAAUGUUGUCGAAAGGCGUACUAUUAGUCCGAAUAACAGCAGUAUUUGGAAUCUUUCACUUUCGGGAUGCGAGGAAGAAAGACGUCGAAUGAAAUCUGACACCACGGUGAACUCUUCGAUGCUUAAUGCAACGGAAAAACUCUUCCUAGAGCCAACGCUACCACAUGCGAGACCAGUAUUGCGACCAAAGCAAAGAGACACCAUUAUGGAUUCUAUUGCUAUGGAUGUGAGCCCGGUUAAAUGCAAUGGAAGAACGGGGUCGCCACGGAAGACAAUUUACUUCCAUCCGAAGCAGAAUAUGUUUGUGGCAAUAGACGAUGUUAUUCCCGUCGAAAAUUACAAUCAUACGUCGGUACCGAAAGAUGCAGACGUCAAAUUCUUUGGUCCUACAAAGAAUCUUACUGCUAGCGAAUCGAAACCCAACGAUUCUCGAUCUAGUAGAAUUCUUUUUCAAACCUCGAACACUUCUAAUCCUUGGCGCAACAAGUCGAUUCAAACAGAACCUAGACCCUCACUAGCUGCGGCCGAUAAGCAAUCAGUCGCGAUUAAUGCAGAUCUAUCGGCCGGUUGGAGUUCGCACGUAGCGGGUUCAGGUGAAUCGAGGACACCUCGGAACACCUUUGGCAAUAGUCAGUUCGAAAUAUCGGAAGCGUGGAAUUCUCAUCCUGCUGCUGCGUUAAAAUUGAAGCUACUGCAGCAGCAGUCCGGUUCCAGUCAGCACGGGUGUCUGUUUUCUGACGAAGGCGGAGGAAACGGCAACUUGGACGACAUGGAUUCUACCAUCGCAAUCAGCCGAACGGUGGCGGAGAUGUUGGGUCCGGGAUCGACGCCUGCUUCGCUAGAGAGUACCCGUUGCGGCCAAUCGCAGCCCAUGCAUGUAGAAAAUAAUAUUCAGCAGGAAGCAAUGGAAACGUCGCUUAUCGCUGAACAGGAUCAUAAAUAUCAUACCGCGAAAAAUGCUACCGCAACAAUAGGAGACAUUCUUGCAGAAGAAUCCAUAACUGACGUACAACUCCCUUCGAAUGCUCUUAGCCGGUCGCGACCAUCAAUAAAUCCUUCAGUUAUCAUUAUGGACGAGAGCACCUUUCCGUCUCAGGAAGUGGUUGUAUCCGUAUCGGGCCAUGGGCGUGCGCCAAAGACGCAAAGGUUAAAACAAGUCCAGCCAAGUUCAUGUGUGAAUCAAACCCGAGCUGAAAGUAGUGCGACGUUUUUGCAAGUUCCAUCGCCAUUAAGAACUCCACCUUCGGAGAGUAAUAGACGAACGAUUGCUGCUGAAGAGACGAUAGCAGUGGACGAUCAGCUACCAAAGAGCGUAGCAACAGUUUCCUCGACUCCUGCACUGCGGCAGACAACCUAUGAUCCAUACGAGAUGGAAGAAACAUAUGUGAAUAAACCAUUAGCUCCGAUGCAGGAGGUGCAUUUGGACAUGUCGGAACUGAUAUUUGCACGAAACAGUGUCGGACUAGAUCUGGUAGCAAAAGAGGUUCCGAAAAUAGAAAUGGAUCGACCUAAAAUUCAUCGAAUUCCUCCUAGAGCAUUAAACCAUGUUUUCGGCAGUAAAAAUGAAAACGUAGACAAGAAACCAAUCCAAAUAUACGUUGAUUCGCCUGAUAAAACGGAGACACAAUUGAAAAAAGACGUUGCUCCAAAAACAACGAUUUAUCAUUCGAUAGAUCUCACGGAAGACGAUAGUCCACCGAAGCCAGUUGAGGGUAACCAAAAAAUCGCUCAUCAAGGCAUUGCGAUCGACCUCGCCUGUGCUGACGAAAAUAUUGCACAAUCGGCUGCAGCGCGCGGAACCGAUUAUUGCCAGUAUGAUAUAUCUAUGGGGAGCCCGGCAGGCACGAAUCCUAAAAUGGGAAGAGGUACUAGUGCAGCGGUUGAUACUCAUAGCGAUAGCAUGGAAUUAAAAAUGUUGUCGUCUACCCAAAAUAUUCGCCCAUCUAUUUUGUUCGAUGAACAAAUAGAGCCGUGUCCAAUGGAACCCCGUACUGGAUCGUUAGAAGAUCUUGGGCAGUUCCAAAUUAGUAGGUCAGUUAUUGGCGAGGAAAAUUUGAAAAAAGACGUUGAUUAUACAUCAGAGCAACAGUUUGAAAACAAAGUGGUUUCAAAAACGAAGAUUUAUCAUUCAAUAGAUCUUACGGAGGACGAUGACCGAUCGAUCCAAAUCGAAGGGGAAAGUCGAAAACAGCACUCUCGAGAAACAGUUUAUUUUCAAGACAAUGCAAUUGAUCUUACUUGUAAGGAUGGAAAAAUUUCACGAUCCUCUCCAGGACGGAGAACCGAUUAUCUGCCGGUUGAUAUUUCUAUGGUUAGUCCCGCGUGCACGAACGCCAAAAUAAACAGAGGUACUAUUUUGACGGCAGACGCCAUGGAACUGGAAACGAUGCCAACCAGAAAAGUGCAGCGUCCCACUAUUCUGUACGACGAACCUUUGGAGCUGAGUGCAGUCGAAUUUGGUACUGGAUCGUUAGACGCCUUUAGGAAAGCACAAUUUCGGAAGACAAUUGUUGAUCCCGAAGCUAUGGAAUUUUCUCAGAUUCUACCUUCUGUCUUCGAAAAUUCGAUUCCACCAAAUCACGACAGGAAAACAAUGUUGGAGGCUGUAGAUAUGAAUCAAUCUCCGCUAGUUCAGAGUAGGUCGGAUGAAGCAGUUGCACGAUCAAAGCGGUUAACGGUGAUGGUUCCGCAGGAUAUGGAUGUAAGCAAUGCUCCUAAUUCGACGGUAAUAUUGGAUCCUGCGAAGAACAUGCAUCAACGACACACCAUUUAUCUUGACAGCGAUAUGGAGCAAAGUCCAAAAGUAUCAAUCUCUCAGAAGUCUCAAGAAAAGCAGCGAAAAACGAUCUUGAAACGCGAAAGUAUGGAUCAAACGUUUUCUUGCAUCGAGAACUUUAUUGCUCCAGAGUCUUUCAAACGUUGUUCACAGCGAGCUACAACUUACGAUGUCGAAGACGUAGAUGAAACUAGAUGCACGCUUCUUCCGCCAGUGAAUCCUCCAAACAAAAACGAACAACAUACCCGUCAGACAACAUUUGCGGCCGAAGAUAUGGACGAGACGGCGUGUGAACCAGUUCGACAAGGUUUGCAGCAGAAUGUUCGUCAAAAUUCGCGAAUUACAACGUUCGAGUCACAUGAUAUGGAUCAAUCCCACCGUGCUGUUCCUAACAAGAGUGAUUCACUUUAUAUAAAUAAUGCUAAGGGCAUCGAUUCCAUUCGACCAAGUAUAGAUCAUUCGGUGCAUGUGGAAUAUCCGGUCGGAGAAGAAAGUGUAAAAUUUGUUGAUGCAAAGUAUAUACCAGUUUCACCUGCUGCCGAGCCGUUGUCCAUCUUAGAUAAUAAACAAUUUAAAGUGGAUCAAGCAAACCCAACACUGCAACACCCGGAUAAAACUUUAGAAGAAACAGUACAACCUUUCACUCGGCAAACCUGCUAUAUAGUACAAAAUAUGGAUCAGACGCAUAUACCAAUCCGACAGACGGAAAAUACUAAUACUACCGGAAAACAGUUGCGGCAAACUUUAUUCGAUCCCAUUGACAUGGAAGCUACGAUUGCUUCGCCCGAUCAACGGCUUGAGUUAUCGAUUCGUUUAUCCGAAAAGAAACUUCGGAAUGUGCAGAGCACAACCGCAAAUAAACUUUCACAUUCACGUCAGACAACCUUUGCUGUCGAAGAUAUGGACCAGACGGCGCCGUGUGAACCUGCUCGACAAAGUUUACAACCAAAUAUUCGUACAAAUUCGCGAAUUACAAAUUUCGAAUCACCUGACAUGGAUCAAUCACGCCAAGCUGAUAUAAAACAAUCCACUUUGUCGAACAACUGCAAAUCACCAACAGAAAAACUGUUGGAACCGCCCUCGCCACGGUGUGUUGUAAAUAAUGCUGUGGACGUUGAUUCCACUCGAGCAAGUACAAUUCAUUUACUGCAUGCGGAACACCCAAUCGGAGAAGAAAGUGCAAAAUUCGUAGACAGCAAGUACUCACCAGCUUCUCGAAAAACCCUCUGUAACACAGCGUGUCAAACGAGUUUCAAUGCAGUUAGUUUUGAAAAAUCAACCGCAAGCAAAACAGUUGACGCAGCCGAAGAACUAGAAAAUGGGGUUUCAAACUUGCAUUUGAAGGCUGCAGAUAGUCCCAACAACAACCGUAAAACUAUCUAUAUUGGGGAUGAUAUUGACGAAACAUGUGUCGGGUUCUGUGGUAACUCAUCAUCGAACAAAGUACGCCAAACCAUUUUCCCACGGGAUGACAUGGAGGAGACAACAGUUAACGUUCAGCAGUAUUGCUUGCCAGCUGUGGAAAAUCGUAAAACUCUGCUGGUUGAGGAUGACAUGAACCACACAUUGCCGAGGCAACGUUUGGUCAGCAUUAGCGAUGAAAUGCAGCCGUUGGGUAUUACCUGCAACUCAUUAGGAAUGUAUUCAACGCGUAAAACUCUCCACAGUGAAGGUAACGUGGUUGGAUCAGUUGCAUCGCCAUCUGCACCGGAAGAAAGCAACACUGUAGUGGACUGUAAUAAAGGCCAACGGAAGACAGUAAACAUGGAAUUGGAGAGUGAGUAUCAAACAACCCCUAUGUUAGAACAAGCCACUACGAGCAAACCAAAGCGACAAACCACCGUCGAACCUCGGGAUAUGGAUAGCUCCAUGGUACUUCACCCGGCGGAAGUAUCUGUUAUAAAGUCCCCUAAAUUCCUGAAACCUGCGGUGCAAUCUCGGAAAAUAAUUGAUAUCACUGAUGACGCAGAUGGUGUGGAAUCUGAUUCCGCUAUAGACGUUGCUACGCCAUCGGAAAAUGGGCGAAUCGAUGGAAAGACUGACGUUUCGUUUACAAUUCCGCAUAUGCCUAACGAUUAUGUGUUGCGAAGUACAGCCCUUAUGCCACCGGGCGGAGUGUACAGCCAUGUAGUAAAGCCCGUGGCAAACAUGCUGCAGCCAGAUGACAGCAAUGCAACCAUCACAGACGUUCUGAUAACUGUAAAGGGAAUUUCCGUGCCAUCUGUUGCGAUACAUGAGUUAAGUGAGCUCGCAGAACUUGAUACUGUGUCUGUCAAGGCGUCAAGACCUGAUACUACUAGUUUUGCUAUACCACCGGAAACGAUGGCAAGCCUAGAGUUGAAAGAGCUGAAUGAGCCAUCGUUUUCCCAACCAACGGCACAGGCCGUAUCGGUCAUACAAGAAACACCGAAGAAAGCGGGACUAAUGCCGGUACGACGCAGCAGGGGGACAAUUUUCGACCGGGUAUCGAUGGAGCUGGACGAAUCCGGAGUGAGGCCUAUAAAGUGUGAACAUCUAGAUGUGCUACCGGAAAAUAAAGAGAAUGAACCGGUCUGUGAAAUGGAAAUGACGACAAGAAAUGUCCCCGAACAUGUUGCUCAACAGAUUAAAAAUGAACAUGAUUCUAGCGAAGAAGAGUUUUACGAUGCCGAAGCAAACCAGGAAGAACCAGUUUUGGAAGCUAAAGAGGAAAUUGUACAUGUGUCAUGCGAAGCCAAAACACGCAAUGGUGUAACUCGCGGAUGCCUGAAAACGGUCGAAGUUCAAGAUAAAGCUGAUCAAACGGCGAAUGUGUCGCUACCAAACCAGACAGAAUACAAAACGCUUAACUUCAUUGAUGUAGACGCACUCGAGCAGACUACUAAUGCAGCCCAAAAACGGCAUCUGUCCAGAAUAUCAAAAUCCGUCCUGCUAGAACUACAACCGGAUCCGCUGAAUGUGUCUAUUUCUGAUGAUUAUCCUGUGAAAAAACGAAAAACCUUUACUCAAACGCAUGCAAACGCUGCUACAGAACCGAUCUGUGAACCGCGAAAGUCAACUAAACGUGUUACCUUCCACGAAUCUGUCGCUCCGCAACCGGAAGAAAAUAUUCGGUUAUCGACGGAACCAGCAGAAGAUACCAUUCCGGAAAUAGAAACAAUUACCAUCAAGAAAGAACAUGGUACAAUUUUGAAGAACCGCGAUCACAGUGUCGGGCAGAGUAGACUGGGUUACUCACUGCUUACAGAUCCAUCGGUAUUCAUCAUUGAAGAGAGCGAUAUGUUGGCAAAUGAGUCCAACCUUUCGCUAGUAGAUUCGCCAAACGUACAAAACGCUAGUUCAAGAUACAGUACGUUAAAAGCUGAUGACACGUUUUACAAUGAAGUCGCUCAUCUUACCGUGAAUGUUGAUCAGGAGGAAAGCGUGGAUUGUAUAACUAUAAGUGAUGAUUCGGUUACUGAACCCGUGCAACCCUCGACGACCAUUGUAGCAGAGCAAUUUCCAACGAAAUUAUUAGAUAUCUCUAAACCAGCCAUGAAACCGCGAUCUUCCAUGGAGCUUAACUCCACUGUUGCUAGCGAAGUUAUGCACGAACUUCGACAGCAGGCACUUAAGGUGAAAAAAACAUGCUGUGGCUCUCGUGGCAAAUGUAGGUGUCGCAACAGGAGAACAGUGGCGGCAGUAAAAAGAGAUAAUACUGCCGAAGUACGAGACAGUUGGAAGCACAACUUCGAUCAGAUACUGGAAUCGGUGACCGAAUGGAGUCCGCCUUACGACAUGCCGCUGGACGACCGGCUGCGGGAAAUUUUAAAUCGUCCUACACCAACGUUCGCGCUGCCAUAUUUGGAGCAACAAUCUGCCCAUCUUAGAACUACUCAAUCCGUUUGGGGUCCAGAUGAAAAUAACAAGAGACUUUUGCCGCUGCAGGAUGCCUCACGCAAGGUAUUCAAUCGCUGUCAUCUGCCAAAAACACCCGGCGUGAUGGUGCUGUUAGCUAACAAGUUAAAAUCGGAGCGUUAUCGGUGGUUUUUGGAUGCUACCAACGAAUGUCGGACGUACCUCAUGCUGCGCCAUACGGUUCUGCGGACAGCGCAAUUCAAGGUUUCAUUCCAGAAACCACUGCCCUGCUCUAGUAGUGCCGAUGACGUUCGAAUUAUAGGGAUCGAAUGUACACGACGCCCGGAACGAUUAGUUCCAUCUCCUAGACUGUUGGUGGCGCAUAACGAAUUUAUGGCGAUAGUACAGAAAAUAAACUUGACACAGCUGGCUUCACACUGCCCGUCAUUAUCCAAUUUGAUAAAUCUAGUGGAUCAGUUGAAUACCCUUGUUGAGCAGGCCUUGAAGCGGGUUGAUCAGCUGUACCGAAUUGUUCGAAACAAUGGAGCUAUUCUAGAAAUCUACGGAGAGUCUUCUCAAUUGCGAAUCUUCUCGGUAUAUGAGUACUUGCGGGAUGGAGAGAUGCACUGGAACAGAGUGUCUAUACAAUUUGAAAUCAUAGAUCAAAUAGACCGCAGCUGUGUAUCGUUCCAUAAGAGUUCGCACAACGAGGGCGCCCUUUUUCCAACGGAACAACAGUGUGGUCGGGCAGGUGCUCGAGGUUUACUAUUUUUAGAGUGUUUACUGUGGAAUAUCGGAAAACCGACUAUCGAUUCGUAAGAAGAUGUUCUAUUAGGCAAACUUCGCUAUUGUAAAUUGUAGUGUGUAGUAA